CCAAGCCUAGCGCCUCCCCUGUCCGCGGCUGGAUCGAUUCCGCAAAGGGACCAAGCCGAAGCCCGAUACUUUUUUCUCCUAUAUCAAUUACUUGGUCGACGGAAGUGGCCUGUUUUCUCGUACGAUUCUGCUCCUCCGCUAUACACGUCCUUCAACACCUCAUACAAUAAAUACUCUCUCCGCAACAUAGUCCUUGAUACCCACAAUCGAAGUAAUAAUUCGAAUCAUCCGCAAUGGCACCCCACGCGCUAGAAAAGGAGGACUUUGAGCGCGAUGCUGCUUUCCAGAAGGCCCUGCACGGCGUGUCUUCACAGAAUGAGGGCGGCUUCAGGUCUAUGUUUAGCAAAGACCGCAAGGCUCACCAAGCCGCCGUAGAUGAGUACUUCAAGCACUGGGACAACAAGUCUGCGGAGAUCGAGACGGAGGAGACCCGCAAAGAACGCAGAGCAGAAUACGCCACUCUCACUAGACACUACUACAACCUCGCUACCGAUCUCUACGAGUAUGGCUGGGGGCAGUCUUUCCACUUCUGUCGCUUCGCGUACGGCGAGAGCUUCCAUAAGGCUAUUGCCCGCCACGAGCACUACCUCGCACACUCUAUGGGCAUGAAGGAGAACAUGAGAGUAUUGGACGUCGGAUGUGGUGUUGGUGGACCAGCACGAGAGAUCGUGAAAUUCACUGGUGCAAACGUCAUUGGUUUGAACAACAAUGACUACCAGAUCCAAAGAGCCACCCGCUAUGCUCAAAAGGAGGGCCUCGCGGACAAGCUCUCAUUCACUAAAGGUGACUUCAUGCAAAUGAAAUUCCCUAGCGAGUCUUUCGACCAAGUAUACGCCAUUGAAGCUACCGUCCACGCACCAUCGCUAGAGGGUAUCUACAGCGAGAUCUACCGUGUCUUGAAGCCCGGUGGUGUCUUCGGCGUCUACGAGUGGCUCAUGCUUGACGCAUACGACAAUGACAACCCUCACCACCGCGAAAUUCGUCUUGGUAUUGAGGAGGGCGACGGUAUCUCGAACAUGGAAAAGGUUCAGGUAGCACUCGACGCCAUGAAGGCUGCGGGCUUUGAGCUUGAGGUCAACGAAGAUUUGGCUCAACGGCCAGACCCAUACCCAUGGUACUGGCCUCUUGCUGGUGACUUCUCCGCCAUGUCCAGCCCCAUGGAUUUCUUCACCAUUGCUAGAAUGACUAAGAUCGGCCGUGGUACGGUUCACCGCUUUGUCGGUGCUCUCGAGACCAUCGGACUUGCGCCCAAGGGUACGCAAAAGACUGCCGACAGCUUGGCCAAGGCCGCCGACUGCCUGGUAGCUGGUGGAAAGGAGAAACUAUUCACUCCCAUGUAUCACAUGGUGGGUCGCAAGCCCCUGAACGCACCUAUUACCGCAUAAUCACUUUUUAUACGGAGUUUGGGGUUCUUCACGUUGCAUUGGGAUACAUUUUCACUUGUUCGGAUAGCGACACGCUCGCAUAUAUACUUGUGUCGACAUUGUUCCUUAAGUUCAAGUCGCUAUAUCUCAUGCUGUAUAGCAGCUCUAUCAACAGAAUAGAAGCUUCUCACGUAUCUAAUUCCAUCCAAUGUAAUGAAUAUUUUCUUUUGUAUGUCUUCUCUAGUGUCGCGAUGAAUAGAAACCGGGACAUUCAUCUCAUAUCAUGCUCGUUCAAAGGACACGUCUUAUCUCCCACUGAAUGCCGGCGCAUGGCAUCUCUCAUUUUCAGUACAGCCUACGCGUGGUCCUGACAGGUGGGAUGAACUUACCAGUGUGCGCAAGGAAUAAUAUAGUAUGACAGGCAU